AUGGGGCCUCCUCGCAUCGACAGGGUGCAGUUUGAACACCACCAAGACGCCAUAGGAAUUGGAGAAUCGACUCCACGCCUCUCCUGGCGUUUUGCAGGCGAAAACGUGGUGGAUUGGUUCCAAGAGUCGUAUGAGAUCGAAGUUGUACGCGCGGGGGCCUCAUCACCUGAACUUUAUUUGGUUCAGUCCAACGAUUCAGUCCUUGUGCCUUGGCCUAGCCGCCCAUUAUCGUCUCGCCAAUCCGCCUCGGUGCGUGUCAGAGCUACCGGACGCCCACCUCAUCAUAACGAGCCAACCCAAUGGUCUGAUGCUGCUACCGUCGAAACUGGAAUCCUGGAUCGCAAUGGAUGGACCUGCUCGCUUAUUUCGAGCUCACGGGAGAUCGAUAUCUCACUCCCCAGACAGCCUAUUGUUUUUCGGAAGCCAUUUAAGCUGGGUCAAAGCACGAUCUACGAGGCGAGGCUGUAUGUGACUGCACAGGGUGUUUACGAAGCAAGCAUCAAUGACCAACGUGUCGGCGACCAUGUCUUGGCCCCGGGAUGGACCUCGUACAAACACCAUCUCACAUAUCAGACCUUUGAUGUCACGAAUCUUCUGCGUUCUGGGAAGAAUGUGAUCUCAGCGCAGGUAGCUGAAGGGUGGUUUUGUGGCCGUCUUGGUUUCUUGGGAGGUUCACGAAACAUCUGGGGCGACCAGAUGGGCCUCGUUGCUAUGUUGGUCGUCGAGGCCAUGGAUGGCACUAGAACUGUCAUAAACACCGACCAAGGGUGGAAGUGCAGCACGGGGAGCAUAAUCACAUCGGAGAUAUAUGAUGGCGAGGUCUGCGACCUGUCACAAGAACCUGCUGGCUGGCAUGGUAUAGGCUUUGAUGAUGCGUCGUGGGAUUCGGUGAAGGUUGCAGGUCUCCCUGGAGCCGAACUCAGAGCACCUGAUGGGCCACCCGUACGUGUGACGGAAACUAUAGGUGCUAAGUCGGCCAUUACAACUCCAAAAGGCAACAUCGUUAUUGACUUCGGACAAAAUAUUGUUGGCUGGGUGCGGAUCCGCAUCUCGGGUGGUGAAAAGGGGCAAGAGGUGACUCUGCAGUUCGCCGAAGAACUUGAAGAUGGAGAGGUGGCUACGCGACCAUUGAGAAUUUGCAAGGCCAGGGACACAAUCAUUCUCUCAGGCGAAGAGAAUGACUAUGUCUGGGAACCCAAGUUUACAUUUCACGGAUUUCGCUAUGUCCAGGUGGACGGAUUAUAUAGCCGAGUCGAGGAUCUCGAACUGGGAUCAUUGACCGGCGUUAUUGCUCACACAGAUAUGGAGCAGACUGGUUGGUUUGAAUGCUCCAAUUCCUUGCUGAACCAGCUGCACCAUAAUGUUAGAUGGGGAAUGAGAGGUAAUUUCUUCAGCAUCCCCAUGGACUGUCCGCAGCGCGACGAACGUCUCGGUUGGACUGGAGACAUUCACGUAUUCAGUCCUACAGCUAACUAUUUAUACGAUACGUCUGGUAUGCUCCGUGGAUGGCUGCGCGAUCUCGCGGCGGAGCAGAUCAACGAUCACGGCAGCGCUCCCCCGUUCUUCUGCCCAGAUGUCCCGGUCGAUGACGUUCGAUACCCAACCGCCAUAUGGGGCGAUGUUCUUGUUGGCCUUCCGUGGAGUCUUUUUACGUCUUUCUCCGAUAAGGGUAUUCUGAGCCAACAAUUUGAGAGCAUGGAGAAGUGGCUGGGCGAGGGAAUACCUCGUGAUCAGACAACUGGCCUCUGGGAUGAAGAUUCGUAUCAAUUUGGGGACUGGCUCGACCCGCUGGCACCGUCUGAUGAUCCUGGGAACUCUGUCACUGACGCCCAGCUUGUGGCGAAUGCAUAUCUUGUGCAUAUCACGUUACUUAUGCAUAAAAUAUCUGUGAUCCUUGGGCUCGAAGAACGAGCGACUUACUACGAGAAGUCCUGGGCCCAGGUCAGGGCCUCAUUCCAAAGAAGAUAUAUCUCAACGGAGGGCCGGGUUGUCGGAGAUACACAGACAGCGCUUGCUCUGUGCAUUCAUUUUCAGUUGUUCGAGACGCCUGAGCAAGAGAGAGUCGCCGCUUCUCGGUUGAAACAUCUCAUUCUCCGCAGCUCGCGGUUCAAGAUUGCAACCGGUUUCGCAGGUACGCCUAUCGUGGGCCACGCGCUUUCAAGAGUUGGCGAAUCGCAACUGUUCUACCGGAUGCUUUAUCAUCAAAAGGCACCCAGCUGGCUCUACCAGGUAACCAUGGGCGCUACAACCGUCUGGGAGCGCUGGGACAGCAAGCUUCCCGACGGCAGUAUCAACCCGGGUGAGAUGACCAGUUUCAAUCAUUACGCUCUUGGGUCCGUAGCAGAUUGGAUGCAUCGUAAUAUCGCCGGUAUGGCACCGGUGGACCCAGGAUGGAAAACAUUCGUUGUUGCUCCUGUUCCUGGCGGCGAUCUGACAAGCGCAAGUGGCAAGUUCUUGAGUCCGUAUGGACUCAUCUCUGUUGAGUGGGCUCUGGAGGCAAAAGGCACUAGAUUCUCUCUGACUGUUAAGGUACCUCCCAAUUCAAAAGCAGAAAUUAAGCUACCUGGGCAGAGUAAGGAAGAGGAUAACCCCCAAACUGUCACUUCAGGCACACAUCACUUUGUGGUCAACUACCAAGCACCCAAGUGGCCUCCGCUGCCAAUCUAUCCCCAGUUCUACCCCCAUGAUGAUGACGAACCAUGA